AUGCUUAGGAGAGUUAAACGAAUUUUAGAAUCUGAAGGGCAGUGGUGGAUAAGGUAUGUUCCUAGAGAAGCUAAUUCAGUGGCCGAUUGCUUGGCAAAGAUGAGUCUAGAAUGGAAGAUAAGUUUACAGAUUUACGAGAACCCUCCUGAUGCAGUCUUAGCGAUGUUGCAACGUGAUCAAAGUAGCCAAGCUUUUCUUCAAGGAAAUUUGAUUUACUCUGCCGUUAAGCUCAGUUACUUCCCUAACAACAAUCCUAUGUGGCAAUCCGAAUGGAAUCCUAUAAUCGCAAAGCUUUAUCGAACCGAAGGUGAAGAACAACAGGCAGUAGUGAAGGAGUGGUUGGAAAUGCUGGAAGCCAUGGAAGAACAUGCACUGAUCGGAGGAAAAAAAUUCUUCGGCGGAGACGAGAUAAACAUGGUGGACAUUGCAUUUUGCAUGGUUGCUCACUGGCUCGGGGUUUUCGAAGACGCAGCAGGGCUUAAAGUCUUUGAGCCACACAAAUUCCCUCAAGUGAGCUCGUGGAUUCAAAAUUUCAAAUCAGUCCCUAUAAUCAAAGACAACUUGCCUGAUACUGAUAAGAUAGUUGCUUACUUGAAGAGUCGUAAAGAGAUGUUAUUGACAUCAAAAUCGAAUUAG